AUGUCUUUAUCUCUUUCCAAUCGACAACCAUCUCUUCAAUUCCACUCCAGGCCAAUGGCCAUUUCUACUAUCACAUCACCUCCGCUUGCCUCUUCUCAUCUUCUGUCUCCAAACCCCUUCUUCAGACCCGGGACAGAAAUCCCUACUCUGGCCUCAUCAGACUCUUCCCCAACAUCCUCUUCAUCCUCUACUUGCUCCUCAACUUCUCCUCCUCCCAUCCAAAAGGCCCUCUCUGUACGCUCACCCCGACUAUUUACGCCCAACUGCGGCCCUACAGAUCCAGAGACCCAAAUGACCCAGAUGACCCAGAUGACUCAAAUGACUCAAAUGACCCAAAUGACCCAAAUGACUCGACCAUACAGACCCGAAAAUAUCCACCGCACCUCAAUUCCAUCAUCUCAUCGACAUGGAUCCCACUCAUAUGCUUACUCUCCCCUCCAACGCACCCACACCCAUAGCAACCAUACUCACAAUCAAGCCUCUCCUCAGACCAUGGCAUCAUACACAUCAGACUCCAGCAGCAACAGCUCACCUUGCAUGACACCUCUCUCACCAUCCUCUCCACUGUCCCUACAGGAACGUCGGCAGCGUAACAAGGCUGCCUCAGCCAAAUAUCGAGCCAAGAAAAACCAGCAGCACGGAGAGAUGCGGUCUCUGAUCGACUCGAUUACCAAAGAAAACGAUCUUUUGUCUCGCCAGCUAGACCAUGCCCAGCGAGAAAACAGCCGACUCAAGGCAACAUGCGACCGUCUCCGGGGAAAGAUGCUUGCAGAAAAGAUGCUCAAGCGGCUCUUGGGCCAGGACAAACAGCACCCAAACUCAACCCCAAACUCAAAUCCAAACGACCCUAAGCAUAAUAAGGAGGACGAAGUGAUGUCUCUGGCUGACCCUUCAGAAUGUUAUUUCCAGAACCACUCAAAUCAAGCAACAACAGCGGCUGAACAACAGCACCAGCGCCAUCAAAGAAUGGCCGUGCUCGAGCGAUUCGAUGAAGACAUUGAUUUUGAAGAUGAUGUUGAUGACGAAGAAAAGAACCAAGCAUGGAACACAAAAGAGCGCAUUGGCCGAGUGUCACCAGAAGGCAAACCAAAUCUCUUUGGAUAA